AGUGCGAUCGAUUGCGCUACCCGGAAAACAAUGUCAGAGUGGUAGCUCUCUACCCUCCCCUACGCUUCCUUUCAUGUGAUGGUGACGUUUCCCGAUCCAACCGGUCAGUGUGCGUGCUGUGUUGGUAGCUGGUGGGUAGCUAGCUGCAAGCUAACCUGCUGAGCUACCUCCUCCGCCUCCGAAGGCAGCUGAACGGAGCCGUGAAUGAACCCCGCACAUCAAUGCAUCUCCAGUGGCCGCGAUGGCAGCGACAUAAACGACGGCAGCAGCUAGUCCCAUCUCUCGCCACUACAGGAGGAUGCUGAAGCUGUUCGGUGCACUGGUUAUCCUCGGGCUGGCCCUGGCGUGCAUCACCUCCUGGGUGCUGGACAGCUAUGACACGGCUUGGCACCCCAAACGGAGCGUCCGGCACCCUACUGAUGGGGCUGAAACUAAGGGGAGUUCUCCACCUUUCCCCGGCGGCGAGUUGAACAAUAUAUUCUGGUUUAUACAGGUGUCCGACAUUCACAUUAGUCGAUUUCAUGACCCGAGACGCAUACCAGAUUUUGAAAAGUUCUGCACUGACACAAUCGAAGUGAUCAAGCCAGCUCUUGUGCUUGCAACAGGGGAUCUGACAGAUGCUAAAACAGAGAGUAAGGUGGGUUCUCUCCAGCAUGAGGUGGAGUGGCAGGCCUACCACAACAUCCUGAAGAGGUCCCGCGUGAUGGAGCGCACCAGGUGGAUAGACAUCCGUGGAAAUCACGAUGCCUUCAAUAUUAUGUCAUUGGACAGCAUCAACAAUUAUUACCGGAAAUACUCAGCCAAUCAGAAAGUCGGUUCCUUCCAUUACGUUCACAAGACUCCCUUUGGCAACUACUCGUUCGUCUGUGUGGACGCCACUCUGACUCCAGGACCCAAAAGGCCCUACAAUUUCUUUGGUAUUCUCAACCAGACUCAAAUGGACUUGCUGGACACGUUCAGGGCUGAGAGUCUGAAAAGCAACCAGUCGAUCUGGUUUGGCCACUACACCACAUCCACCGUCGUCUCCCCUUCUCCAGGACUUCGGGAGACAAUGAGAUCUGCAGUCGCAUAUCUGUGCGGCCACCUGCACACGCUGGGCGGCCUGAUGCCCGUCCUCCACAGCCGACAUCCCCACGGUACCCUGGAGCUGGAGCUGGGCGACUGGAUGGACAACCGCAGGUACAGGGUUCUGGCCUUUGACCACGACCUGUUGAGUUUCUCCGACCUGAGGUUUGAGCGGUGGCCCGCGGUGCUCAUCACCAACCCCAAGGACGCGCAGUACCUGCAUCCCGGGACGGAGCCGCUGGGUCGAAUACGCAGAUCGACACACAUCAGGAUCCUGGCCUUCUCAGAGGCUCCAAUCACAGCGGUGCACGUGAGCGUAGAUGGGGAACCCCUGGGGAAAGGCCACUCUGCUGGAGGUCCUCUCUAUGUUCUGCUGUGGGAUCCGUCUCUCUACCUCACUGGACUGCACACCAUCAGAGUUAAAGUGGAGGACUCGGCAGGCCGUUCGUCAGUGCAGGAGCAGCACUUUACCCUGGAGGACAACCUGACUCCCAGCUUCGGUUUCGUGCAGUCCUUCAUCCUUCUUACUGACCACUACAUCCUGGGCCGAGUGGCCUUCAUAUUCAUGUUGCUGCUGAAUGUCGGCGUGCUGCUGGCCUUUAGGUUCCUGCGUGUCCCCCCUGGGAGAGGAUUGACCUCUCAAGCGUGUAUGUCCCUCCAUCUGGUCAGUACAAUGGACAUCUUCUACUACUCUCUGCUGCUGUUCAACCUGUGUACAGCCUUAGGCCCGUGGUUCAUAGGAGAGCUGAUAGAUGGUCACAGUGGUGCCUGCUUCGCCUUUGGAGUGUUCAUUGAUGGACACUUCCUGGAGGGCAGCCUCACUUACGUUGUGGGAGUCGUGCAACUCCUGUUCUUCAACAUGCCCCUCACCUCUUAUUUGUGCUGGAGCCUCCACCACCGUUGCCGCGGCAACACCUUCCGAUCCCACUUCCUGCGGCCGGGCUGCCGCUGGCGGACUCUGGCGGUUCACCUCUUCAUGCUGCUGCUGCUCACUUGGCAGGUCCACUCCUGCUACUUUCUCCUGGAGACCUACGGCCCCAUGGCCUUCUUCCUGUCUCCUGUCCGCACAUGGGCUUUAGGGCUCAGUUUGCUAUUGGUCUACCGUGCCUGGACAGGCCCCGCCCCUCUCAUUCGUGACAGCAACAAGAGCGUCUCUCCCUCUUGACAGUAAUUGCACUUUACCACCACCACCACCGCAACUACUACUACGACCUCCCUUGAGCCUGACUCACAGACGUACUUUGCUGUCUCUGUCCACCCUGGAAACCUCAGUUCCCCCCAUCCAAAGCCACUUCACAGUACAUCACACACUACCUUGUUUCUAGAUAGUAUUGUUUACUUAAUAUGCAUGUUAAUGUAAGGCACCGGUGAGCACAUUUCUGGCCAUAUUCAUAGCAAUGUGUACAGUGUAAAAAUACAAAACAACUUGGGCACAUUAGCCUGUUUAAGCUACGUGAGGACUAGUCCAACGUGUGCCGCAGUCCACAGUAUAAGAGCUGUACUCUGCUGUGACUCACUGACUUGAGCUUUAGCACUUUUUGGAAGUGUUGCCUUGGCCCAAUGCCACUUCACCACUGCCAAAGGAUGAAUAGGAAAGAUUUCACCUUUUAUCCCUCCCUCUGAAAAUCGUUUUCAUUCUCAGAUGCCGGCUGGACGUGCCAAACCGAUCCCCAUGUUCACCUACCGACACGCAGACCAUGUGGAUAAGAAGGGUGUACGCAUCGUUUUUGUAAACUGUGAGCUUUUCCUAACUUCCCGUGGCUGACAGAGCGUGGUAGUUACGCUAACUUUUCAAGUAUAUUCUACACAUAAUCGCAGGAAAUCAAAGGAAGGGAAUGACAAGCGCGUACUGUAUUUGAUCUGUGUACAAGUAGUCAACGAUUAAAAGUAUUUUAUACAUAAAGUUGAUUCCAUUGCACACAACUGCCACUAAAAACAUCUCAAUGUUCGCAUUGAAUAAUCAUAUCAGAAAGAAAUAAAUCAAUAAAUAGAAAGCUGGACUCUACGUGCUCCUUCAAACGUGACUACAGGAAGCAGCUGUUUGUUUCUCAGGAAUGCAAGUGCUUGAACAAUAGGCUGGUCCCAGUAGUAUUUCAGGACGUUUUUCUACUCCACAGCAGCUCAGCGAACUAAAAAUCAUGUUCAAAUCAAACGAUCGAGAUGUGAAAAAAAAAGAAAAAAAAAACCCUAAAUGAAUGUGUUAUAGAUAUGGUGAAAUGGAGCAAACCACUACUAUGCUAUUUUUUUUAAAUUUAUUCCUUCUGAUUGUAUUGAGUGAUUCCUUCUUUCUUUCUUUUCUCCCUUUAAUGUUAUAUACCUGCACUGGAAAUGGGCAUUCUUCAGGUUAGGAAGGCGAAGGCGCUGAAUAAAUACCCUGUGUUGGAAGUUAAUUUGACAGCUUUGUGUGUGUUGCUCAGAAUGUUUACCCCCCCUUUUAUUUUUGUUGUGAAGGUGUGAGAGCAGAUGAUUGUGUUUCCAGUUCAGUCCUUUCUGGUCAGUAGGAGCCGGUGCUGGAUUCCAUUAGAACAAACCGGCUUGAAAGAGAAAAGACAAACAGCGACGAGGACCACAUUCAUCAAUUCUUUUUUUAAUAGGAGCAGCGUUCCAACCAGCCAUACCCAAGCGUGUGUGAGUGCUUAAUAUUAGAGCGGCAGCAAGAACAUUAAAUUAAGUGCACUCUUGCCAGCGGUGGUCAAGUCAUUUUUUCAUUUGUACAGGAGCCUCACCAAGUAUCUGAGUCCAGCGUCUAGAUGGAUAUUGAAUCCUGAUGGACUUUAGUUCUUUGACAGCUCCUCUCUGUGAUGCCAAGUACCUCUCAGAUUUGUUAUCUGCCCACAAGGAGGCAGUAUUGAAUUGAUUAGGAGGAUAAUGAGAGAUGACUGCAUUUCACUUCCACCUCCAAAUUAUGCAUGAGACAGUUUUUGCUUUUUCUUUAUCUUUUUUCUAUCUUUUUUUGUCUUGAUGAGACAGUUUUGAUGCUCACUGGUUAACUAUGAAUCCGGUUGUGAUUGUUCUGUACUGUACCUUGAUUUGACUUCAAAAUAAAGACACAGACUCCGCCACCACCACCAACACCGAGGAUUGUACUGUCAGACAUACUGGUGUGUACUUAUACUGCAUCCCCUCCUAUGGUCAAACACUGAAGUACGUGAAUGAGUAGAUAAUGAUUUUACACCUGCCACCUGCCACACUUUUUUUCUUGUGACAACUGAAAUUAGAGCCAAACCACAAUUUUAUUUUGUUAACGAUUUAUAGUGCUGUGGAAUAAAAUGUUCAAUACAGUGAAUCAUGUAUUUUGUGUUCGUCUUCACGUCAGUGUCACAUGUUAUAAGGGAGUGGACAACAAGAAUAACGGGGCCCCACCCUGACAAAAGAUUUGACUGUCAGAUAAGUCAAAAAUAAAAGUGAUCAUGUCAAUAAA